AUGUCUUUCCCCAACGUUUCGGCCGACCUGGUCUGGGAGAUUGUCCGUCCCCAGAACGCUUUCCUCGUCAAGCGGAUCACUGGCGGCGGUGCCCACUUCUCCCGGGACCCCCUCAACCUCACGAACGAGCACAGCCGGAAGUAUGCCGGUUUCGUGAACGACAAGGCUGUUGGUGUUAUUGCCGGUGCUGAGGGUGGCGUCCAGGUCAUCACAAAGACCAAGGCCCAGAACAAGCCGGCCAAGUCGCAGGUCGUCUCCGUCCAGGGUGCCAACAAGUCGGCAAGAAAGACCUAUCGGUCGAUUGCCGGCGCCGUUGCCAAGUCGGGCUACCGUGCCGACCUGCGUGCCGCUGCCAUUGCCCGUGCCAGCGCCAUUCUCCGGGCACAGCGCCCAGUGAAGGCCGACUACGAGGUCAAGCUGCGGGGUACCAAGGCGCGGAAGGCUGCCGAGUCUUCUUAG